ACCCGAAUACCCACCCGGUUAAUUCUGGUUUUGCCUUGUAAACAUAUUCUUUCGUUUUUCUUCUUCGUCUUCUCAAAUCUUUCGCGUUUACGGUUUCUUCGUUGGCAGGAUUCGAACGAAAGCCACGAGACUACGUGAUUCAACCCGAAUACGAUCCGAAUCAGGAAGCUCCUUCCAACAUCUUUCAUCCCCAAUUUCAAAGCUCUUCUCUUUUUGGCUGAUGCUUUUGCUUCAAUGGCCUCCUCUCUAUCGGUAUGUUGUUGAUUCUCCAAGGCUAUAACAAUCUUUAACUAAACUUGCUUGGAGCUGGAGACUUGUUUACUUCGAUGGUGUAUAACCUGAAAAUAAGAUUAGGGUUUGGGUUUUCUGUUGAGACUACAUCAUCCCCUGGGUUGAAAUUUCUCUAAGUCAUUAGGGUUUUCGGAUACAUUUGGUCUGUUAAAGAAGAAGAAAAGGUCUUGGCUUUUGGAGGAUAAUGUGUAUAUUGUGCGUUAUACAAAAGUGGUCUCGUCAGGUUGCAACGAUGCUGCCUUGGUUUGUGAUUCCUUUGAUUGGACUAUGGGCUCUCUCUCAACUUCUUCCACCAGCUUUUCGUUUUGAGAUUACUUCUCCAAGGCUUGCUUGUGUGUUUGUGCUCUUGGUUACUUUGUUUUGGUACGAGGUUUUGAUGCCUCAGCUGUCUACUUGGAGGGUACGUAGAAAUGCACAACUUAGGGAGAGACAGAGAUUAGAAGCUAUUGAACUGCAAAAGCUUAAGAAAAAUGCGACAAGACGUUGUCGUAACUGCUCAACACCUUACAAGGACCAAAAUCCGUGUGGUGGGAAAUUUAUGUGUUCGUAUUGUGGGCAUGUAUCAAAACGCCCUGUUUUAGACAUGGCCUUGUCUUCCGGAUUAGAGAUUUCUGGUUCAGGGAUUUUGAAGGAUCUUGUUGGAAAAAGUGGAAAGAUGUUGAAUGGGAAGGGAUGGAGUGAGAAUGGAUAUUUGCACAUGCAAGAGUGGUCUGACAGCAGCGCAUGGAAUAGCGGGUCAAGCUAUUGGCGGAAUAAUAGUGGUGGUACAUUUGAAGGAGAUGAAAAUUGUUUGGUGGAAAAAUCAUACUCUGGUGGUGUUGUUUUUGCUUGCAGGUUGCUGACUUCUUUUUUCAUGAGCAUGUUGUGGCUUUGGAGAAAGAUAUUUAGAUUUAGCUCAUCAGUUGAUGAUUCUUCACUUGACCCUGAGCAGAGGCGGUUGCUAGCUAGGCAUGGUGAGAACGGGACCAGCUAUCAUGAAAGUAGGGUAGAAAAAGCACGUAGAAAAGCAGAGGAGAAAAGACAAGCUAGGCUAGAAAAAGAGCUUUCAGAAGAGGAAGAAAGAAAACAAAGAGAAGAAGUCGCAAGACUAGUAGAGGAACGGAGAAGGCUGAGAGAUGAGAUACUUGAGGCAGAGAAAUGCAGCAAAUUAUCAGUGGCUGCUAAGGAGAAAGACACUAAGGAGGCAGAAAAGAAGCGUCAGGAGAGAAGAAAAGAGACAGAUAGGGCCUCAAGUAAGAGCAAUUCUGAUGGUGAAGAGGUUGACAAGAGAACAAGAAAGGAAACUGAGCAGAAGCGUGGGCUUAAUAAGAGCGAUCAUCUGGAACACGCAUCUGAUAGUUUAAGGGGCCCCAACUUGGAAAGAAGACAUGCACAUGGUUUAGAGAAUAAUGUCACUAGUAACGGUACAAAAUCUGGUGGUAGGUACUUUGAUCGAAUGAAGGGUACAUUUUUGUCUUCUUCAAAGGCUUUUACUGAUAGUCGUUUAUUUGGGAGAGGUGUUAAUACUUCUGCUACAGUUGCAAAAGAAAACAAGCCCAUUGGUUCUGCAGAUAAUUCCCACACCUAUGCUCAUUCUCAUAUUAAUCCUCCUGAAUUCGUGGCUAUGAAAUCUGUCCCUAAUGAAGAGGAAAGGAACACUAAUAAUCCAGUUGUUUCUGAGCCAACGCCGAGUAGAGAACCUAGAAAAUCAUGGCACCAACUGUUUGUCCGUUCAACUCCUGUUCCUGUUUCCUCUAAUGUUAAUACUAUAAGUAGACCUAGUACGAAGCCCCAGCCAAUUGUUCAGACCUCACAGGUUCCCAGUCAAGUUUCCUCAAUACGAACCUUCGACAAUCCCAUCAGUUUUGGGCUCCCAUCGCCAUUCACCAUACCGGUGUACUCUAGUGGAUCCACUACCAGUAGUUUAGGUUUCUCACCUCCAACAGAGAUUGUUUUUCAUCAACCCGGUGAAGAUGAGCGUUUUGAAGAUCCGUGUUAUGUUCCGGAUCCGAUAUCUCUACUGGGACCUGUUUCAGAAUCACUUGAUUUAAGAGCUGCUGGGUAUGAAACUUGCAUAAGACAGGUAAAAUACCAUGCGAUGAAGAAUACACCUUGUGAAGCCAACAAGCCAUCUCCAAUUGAAUCUCCCUUGUCUAGAUCACGGGCUGCGGAUAAAAAGCAAGCUAAUGAUGGAAGCUGGCAAAUGUGGAAGAGUCCCCUAGGCCAAAACAGUCUCGGUUUAGUUGGUGGGUCAGCAAACUGGAUUAUACCUUCUGAAACAAGUAGAUCUAACGAGGAAAUUGCUAUGCACCAUGUGCCUCAGCACAGAACAGAAUCAUUAUUUUCAAAAGAGGAUUGUCAGCUUCAUCAAGGUGCUUAUUCACAAAGGAAGGACUGUCUUGAACAUGAUCAGAGAAGUGGCGUUUUCAGCCCCAUUAGUGGUCCAACCACUACUGAUCCUUGGUCACAGAAAAUGUUCUUCCCUGCAUUAUCUGGCAUUGAGAGUCCUUUUUCUUUCACCACACAAACAGAAAGCAUCUUGAACAAUGUGGCGGCGUACAGAAGUCCAACUGGAUCUGCUCCAGACAAUCCAUUUGAACAUCCGUCUCCUAAUCACUGGCUCAAGAAGGUGAAGAGCUCAGGGGAUGGGACUGGGAAGCAAUUUGUGGCGGCCGGUGAAGUUGAGAACCACCAAAAAAAUGUAGAAUCAUUUUGGUAGUCACAAAAUCAAACAAAUUGAGGUAAAAGGGAGUGACCUGUACCUUUUUUCUGGAAAUUUCUUAGUACAAGACGUAUGAAGAUUUUCUAUCUUUUUUUGGAUUUUAACAUAUCUUGUUUUCCGACUUGUGAUUGAUUCUGAGACUUCAUUUUGAUUUCUUGGAUUUUUAUCAAUAAAAAUAAUUUAGCUAC